UGCGUUUCGAAAGCUUUAACAGCUCCAUUCCGCUUUGUCUGUAUUUCACGUACGGUUUAGCUGGUGGUUAAGAUAAGGUCGCGCAUCUGUUAGACACCGGUCCUAAGUGGAGUGGAGAGGCAGUAUGAGGCGAGCUCAAGCCUAUCCAGAGGAACAGAAUAACGCUCCACGAACGUUACUGAGAAUGAAGAAACAAGUUAAAGAAGAGAGAAUAGCCGCAGUCAAGAAACGUAGUUCAACGUACUUGAAAAAAUUCACCGUAGCAGUUUUCGGGGAAGCUAGGACAGGAAAAUCAUCCUUAAUUCGGACCUUCCUUGGAGAGACAUUUAAAAAUGACUAUGAACCGACCAUAGAAGACUUUUACUCCAAGCAGAUUGUCUACAACGACAAAAAUUACCAAGUGGAUAUCAUAGACACUUGUGGUACAGAGAAUUUCCCAGCCAUGCGGAAAGUGGAUAUCAACAAGGCAGACGCCAUUUUGCUUGUGUAUUCUCUGGACAAUCCGCGCUCUUUUGAGCGGCUUCGUGAGCUAAGAGAGGAAGUCUUUCAAGAACGAGGCAUUGGUUUGCCUGUUAUGGUUGUAGCGAACAAAUCAGACGUCGUCAUAGAUGGACAUGCUUUAGAAAUGAAAAUGAAUGAUGGAUCUUUGGUGAACACUAAAUAUGUCGCUGAGAAGGAAUGGAACGUAUUGUGGACGAUAACUUCAGCCAAAAUGGCGUGGGGUAUCGAGGACAUGGUCCAUGGACUCAUUGAUGCAUUCUACGCCCGAAGAGCACAAACAUUGCCAACUAAAGGUAGCUCAUGGUUAAAAAGGAGUCCUAUACUUAACAGCUUACGGCGGAAAUCCAAGUAAAAUUUUGAAAUGACUGCCGGUCUCACUUAGUUUCUGCGAGUAGGCUUUCAACAGCUGUAUGAUAUGAAUCUACGUCGCUAAAAUGUUUGUUUUCCUUGCGUGGAGCGUCGUUCACGUUGCACGAUAUUUUUGUUUUUGGCUUUAAGGUUUGCUGCAUUCGUGGAUGCACAGAAAUUAAGCUAUUUGUUGUUUUUUCAAAUGCUUUCAAGACAAAUCAUUGUUGACUAUCUAGAGUUUCAAAUAAUCCUGAUUCGUUUGAAAAUCUACUCGCUCUUUUCAUAAAAUGUCAUAAACCUAAUCAUAACCCUAAGGUUUGCUGCAUUCGUGGAUGCACAGAAAUUAAGCUAUUUGGUUUUUUUUUCAAAUGCUUUCAAGACAAAUCAUUGUUGACUAUCUAGAGUUUCAAAUUACCCUGUUUCGUUUGAAAAUCUACUCGCUCUUUUCAUAAAAUGUCAUAAUCCUAAUCAAGGCAGUUUUCAGAAGCAUAUUUCAAAUAACAAGCCAAAUACUAUCCUAGCCACCUUAGUGUGUUAAUCAAUUAACAAUAUUGAAUCAUCAAUUUCUCAGAAGUUUAUUUUCCCCGAAAUUGAUGCAAAUUAUGACUGAAAAUAAUAUAAUUUGAACGACAGUUGUUUAUAUGAAUUAUACU